UUUCCUCAGUUUGUUUUGGUUCCUCGUUUUAGGUGGUGGUGUAGUUUUGACAAGUUUUCCGCGCAAUCCAUUUUCCUUCGACUCGCCGACUGCAAACAUUAGUGUUUUCCACAUUUCUUCCUCCCACUUGUUCUGUGGGUGGUGCUUUGACAAGCGGAUUCUAAUUCCCGUAGAAGUGUGCGUGCGAACCAAAGUGUCAAAAGUGGAUCGGAAGACACGGACUGGAAAAUUUUUCUGCAUCACAAAAAUACUUCCCUGCUGGAGGAACAGUGGCAGGAAAAGCUUCAGUAUUAACAAGUGUCCGUUUUUGAGUGACUGGUGAAUCAUCGUGCAUAAAUAAUCGAGACAGAAGGUGCAUUAUCACAAUAAUUUGGUGACGCGCAUUCGAAGCACUGGAAUUUGUACUUUGACCUUUCCUGGGAGCAGAGCUAUUCGAGGAGGAGACCUCGGACUACAUUCCAUCACUGACCGCCACUGAGCCGGGAAUUACUUACAGAAAAAAAAUGAGCUCAUCACACUGGGAGGAAUUUUACGCGACCCACCUGCCCCCGAACUGCUUCGAGGACAAUCGAUCCCUGCUGAAGGAAUUCUGCGAUCGGCAUUUCAAGCUGAACAGCAACAUCGUCCUCAUCACGUCUGGUGGCACCACAGUCCCACUAGAACAUAACACGGUACGAUUCGUUGAUAACUUUAGCGCAGGCAACCGAGGCUCGGCCUCUGCAGAAUAUUUCCUAGACCAGGGCUAUGCCGUCAUCUUCAUGUACCGCACAAAAUCACUGGAACCAUUCUCGCGGCAUUUUACCGGGCAACAGCUGCUGGACAUGUUGGAGCUGCACGAGGAAGGCAUGAGCACCACAAUAACAGUCAAGCCCGAUUCGGUAGACGUUUUGGCGCCCAUCCUGGACAAAUACAAAAACGCCCAGGAAACGAACCGGAUGCUGUACAUUACCUUCACCAGUGUGGUGGACUACAUGUGGCUGCUGAGGGCUGCCUGCGAAUGUCUCGCCGCCUUCGAACGGAGCGCUCUUCUAUACCUAGCCGCCGCCGUGUCCGACUUUUACGUCCCCCAAGACGAGAUGCCAACGCACAAGAUCCAGUCCGGUCACGGUGCCCCGACCAUUUCGUUGCAGUUGGUGCCCAAAAUGCUUGCCCCGUUGGUCAGUCUGUGGGUUCCAUUGGCAUACGUGGUCUCCUUCAAGUUGGAAACGGACGAGAACCUGCUGAUUGCCAAGUCCCGCGACAGUCUGAACAAAUACAAGCACAAGCUGGUCAUCGCCAAUAUCCUGCAGACGCGCAAGAAUCGCGUGGUCUUUGUCACGCAGAACAAAACCUACGACGUGCUACUCUCGAAGGAACAAGCCCACAAGGGCCAGGAGAUCGAGGAGCAGAUCGUAUCGGACGUGGUCGACCGGCAUCAGGAGUUCGUGCGGGAGGGCGAGCUGCAGCAACAGCAGCAAUGACCUCUUCGCUCGCCGAGGGCACUUACGGGUGGUGGAGGCGGUGGGUUCGGCGGGGGCGGCGGGACACAACAACAGCUCCAGUCGCACCAACCGCAGGUUGACUGCCGGGUGACGAUGCCGCACUUUUGCAAGAUACUGAACCCGGGGAGAAAGUACUGAGUAGGAUGGACGGGAUGCUAGUUUUGUUUUGUUUCGCCGUACGAUCAGUUGACCGAAACUGUUGAUUGGACAGCAAAAGUGUGUUUGGAUUGUUUCGUUCCUGAUGCGGGGGAGGAGCAGUGGACGCAGAAACAAUAGUUAACGUAUAUGUUAUAUUCGUCUGAUAUCUAUCGUGGAACAAAGGUUUGACGUGUAAUCGAACCAGACGGUGUUUGGUGGUGUUUGUGGUACGUACAUUAGUUGAUACGUUUAGUGACACACUGAAAUAUUAGCAAGUAAAAAGGUAAUAAAAGUGGAACAAAAUUUAGUAAGAACUGCACGCUGUAUAAUUGAUUCGAUACCUACUAAUGGUAUAAAAAGUGAA